AGAGUAAAGCUUAACUUGCSUGAAGUUGAGUAACACAGCGGAUUACUGUUAGUUCAAAGAUGAAUUUCAAAGCAUGGAUAUCUCUUCUUAUUUUCGUAUUGAAAUCUCAAGAAAUAACUUGUUCCUCAAUUCGAUCUAAAGCUCGUACUUUCGAAAUGCAUCCUAACAAACUUCUACAGCUGCCACAAGGAAUGGAACAGAAGUCAACCCAAGUAGACGACGCAAUGGAGUGCGUGUUCUCUUGCACCAGUACAGAGUGGUGUCGUUCGGUUAAUUUUAAGAUCAAACCACUUGAAAACGGUCUUCAYGUGUGUGAGCUUCUCUCUUCUGAUCGGUUCACAAACGGUACAACCACAAAGCAAGAUAAUGCUUUCUGUCAUUACAGCAAAAAGUUUUUUGAGUGCCGUCAAGGGAAUCSUUGUCGUAAUGGUGGUCAGUGCAUUUACUAUGACAACAUCUAUGACUAUCGUUGUGUUUGCGCAAAAUGGGCCACAGGAAGGCAUUGUGAAAGUAUAGACCCAAGCUGCAGCAUCGCUCUUGGUAUGGAAAGUAAGGAAAUCACUGACGCCCAGAUCACAGCGAUCAACUACUAUUUACAGUACUAUCCAUACACAGCAAGGUUGAAUCUCGCAAUAAAAGGAUGGGCACCGACUAGCAACUAUGUCGACAACUGGGUACAAGUCGAUUUGCUCAAAGUUACAGUCAUAACGGGCAUUGCAACCCAAGGUCGAUUAGAUAAUUCCAAUCACAUCAAGACCUAUUCCGUGUCAUACGGCAAUGAUGGAAGCAGCUUCACAAACUACGAGGGAGGAAAAGUAUUUACUGGUAACAAUAACAACCAUGUAGCUGUUCAAAAUAACUUUAAUCCUGUCAUUAACGCCAGAUACUUCAGAAUUAUCAUUAAAACGUGGAACGSYUACCAACAGUUAAGAAUGGAGCUGUAUGGCUGUAAAUGAACCAAUGCCAUAGCGAUUCCAUAGGGGGAGGAUACGGGGCGAUAGGGGAGAGAUGGAAGGGGGCUGGAGAAGUGCACUAAAAAAAACCUGAUAGCUGAAAGCACAGUAGACGAAUUCCAAAGUAUUUUAGACAGAAAGCGUAAGUUAGCUCGGGCACUGAUUACUGAUCUUUUUGUAAAAUAUAUCUGUCGGUUGAACYUGAUUUUUCGUUAUUUUUCGGAUGUUCCCUGGACGAACGUCCAAAAUAUAAUAAGUCGAUGCAUAUAAUGGAUGAGUUUCGCGAUCUUUGACACUGCGUGUUACUUAAUUGUUGUGUGUAAAUUAUGCUGAAAUUUAGAUAAAACUCGUGAGAAUUCAAACUAUUAUUUCAUUUACGACUUUCCACACUCAGGGUCAGUGACCACGAACGAAACAUUUAAGCGAGGCUUCAAGAUACACUGAUCAGGAUCUAUUCUUUUGUGCUAACUGUACCUCUCGGUUCUGAAGAGUAGACUAAGGGCACUGUUUACAUGAGAUA